GAAAGAAGAAAAACACGGCCAACGGCAGUGUGUAUCCUACUGAAUUAUCAAAUCAACAUAAACAUGGAAGGAGUUAUGAGUUUAAAUCUAAAUUGUGACUUACUACUUACUUGUAAUUCUUCCUCUGGAGAUGCCAUUUCAUGGGUAAUGAGACCUCCGUUACAUAGAUCUCUCUGAAAUGGACUCCCAUCACCUCUGUGACGCCUCCAUCCCCAGCUCCGAGGUCCAGGAGCCUCUCAGCACUCCACUCUGGGCCAAUCCGGAGCAACUGCUGGAACUGCUCCGCCGAAAACACGAACAUAGAACCACGACCCAGAAACCUGAGACGGAGAGCACGUCAGAGGGAGAUCCACUACAGCUUCAUCGUGGUGUUCCCAUUCAUUUUGCUGAGGAGGACGGAACUGAUGAAGUUGAAAUAUGCGUCGCAUUUCUGAAAAGACAGUUUCCCCUCUGCCCCUGUCCUGUCUGCGCCUCCUGGUCCCACCACUUCGACUGGUCUCUGCAGCAAUUUGGGAAACUGUCCAGCAGAAAGUUGUGGCCAAUUAUGGGCUGCUGGAUGACUUUGUGACAGCGGUCACUGAGAUUGUCCCAGAGCUGCUCAAUCGCAGACAGAGGUGUUUGCUGAGCCUUGGCCUUCGGGCUCAGCUGUCACUGGAGAUGUGUCGCCCAGAGCAGAUAAUAGACCUUGCGACCAUUCAGCCACACCUGGAUAUAAUCACUUCACUGUGGAACACAGAGAUAAGUGAUUCAGGGGAUGGAUUGUCUGCAUCAAACCUCCUUGGUCUUAUUCACACCUUAAUUAAAGACCAGGAUGAGAGGCAGCACUUCUUCCAGGAUGUUUUCCCAGUGAGGUUUGGAGACAAGUACUCUGAAGAUAUACAGAUGCUUGUGGAGAUAUUCCUCUUGCAGCUUGACGAGUUACUUACUGUCCCAAAUAUUAAAGAGGUUGCCUGUAUGCUCAGCGAUAUGCCUGCUGUUCUGUCCGACUGUGUGAAGUCUUUCUGUCAGUCUCAAGAAUUUAAAUCUCUUCUGGAACAUCACAAAGAUCUCAUUGGACUAAAUAAAAAUGAUAAUCCAGCAGUUGGUGCCAGCAUUUGUUCAGCUCUCUGUCUGCCACCUUUGACAACAGCGUUGAUGGCAGAAGAAAAAACACCACAAGAAGCAAAUGUGUUAUCCAAUUACAUGGAUGCAUUCAACAAAGAACUGACAGUGGUGCCUGCUACACUGAGAAAAAAUGCAGAUGAUGUAAAGACAGAGAGUGACCAACCAAAAUUGGGAGAGACAGAAACCGGAGGUUUAAAGAAUCAGUCCUUUGUUAACAGUGAAGAAGGAGUAGAGGAGGAGAGCUCAUACUCUUUUCAACAUGUUGAGUCUUUGAAUGGGGAUAAAAUGAGUGUAGACUCUUGUGCUGUUGAGGUCCAAGUCGGUUAUAAUAUUGAAAUUCUUGCUGAGGAGACUGAUACCACAGAGACUUAUCCUUCUGUGAUGGGUAAUAGACAGGCAGAGCAAGUUCAAGCCCUAGUCAGAACCACAGAUGACAAUCAUUCCAAAGUCAUGAACCCUUGUGAGGCCAAAGACUUCACGAAAGAAGAAAGCAAGGAGGUCAGUACCAGAACAGUAACUGACAAAGUGGAAAACACCAAUGUAUCUAAUGUAGUGAUGUCUCCUGUACUGUAUGUACCUGCUCUGAUCACAUCCCAAAGAAUAGUCAGGCAAUACCAAGGUCUGAAGAUGAAUAAGGUUUCGAUAACACCCAAAAAUAAGCAAUCAAAUGGGGGUUCUGAAGUACCCUCAACCAGCAAGACUUGUCCCACAUGUGGUAAGACAUACAGUCGGGCUUCAGAUAUGAGACGGCAUCAGAGGACCCACACAGGAGAGCGGCCUUUCCAAUGUUGGCGCUGUAAGAAAUGCUUUCAGUUCCAGUACGACCUGAAGAGACAUGAGUUAAAUGUGUGUCGAAUCACUGUGCCACAGCCUCAGAACUGCUGCUCUGAAGGACUUGAAUACAAAAACACUCAAGACCCAAAGCAAGGGGAAGUUCGUGGCAAACUCCAAACUUCACUGUCAGACGUUAGGAAUCAUGAAAAGGAAUUUCUGGUAAAUAAGAAACAAGUGCAUGCUCCUUCUGGAGAGGUAGUACCUGUUCCCACCGAGCAAGAUCUCCGACCAGCCAGCAGCAAAGUACAGUUAGGAGACAUAAAGGAGUCGAGCCAGGACCAUCAUCAGGGUAAUCAUAGCGGCAAGAAAUUGAAGGGGUUUAAGCACAAACACACUGAUUCUUCACUGUAUUGUGCGGAGUGCAACAGGUCAUUCCCAGACACAGCAAGACUUAAGACUCAUAAUCUGAGACACAAGCCUCUCCCAUGCACUAAGUGUGGUGAGAGUUUUAAAGGUUUCAUAGAUCUCAACCAGCACUAUGUCGAAGUGCAUGACUUCAGAGGACCUUUCCGCUGCACUUUGUGUGAACGAACUUACACAGAUCUAAGAGGCCUGAUCAGGCACGAGAGGUUCCACACAGGCGAGCUCCCUUUCAAAUGCCCAAAGUGUCCUAAAGCGUUCAGUUACGCAUCCGCUCUGACGCUACACGACCGUACUCACACAAAAGAGGCGCCAUUCCUCUGCUGGGAUUGUGGGAAAGGCUGCAAGUCCAACGCCGCUCUGAGAAUCCACAGGCUGUGUUGUCACAGCAGUGCCAAGGAGAAGCGCUUCUGUUGUGAGGACUGCGGAAAAGCGUACGCACUUAAAAGAAGCCUCGACCUCCACGUGGCGAAGCUACACAACGGCGUGCGCUACCCAUGCUCCCGCUGUGGCAAACUGUUCCGAAGCGCGAGCUCUUUGACGAGACACGAUCUGACCCAUACAGAGGAAAGGCCAUACUCAUGCAGCGAGUGUGGCAAGAGCUUCAGAUCGGCGUCGGAGCUUAAGAUUCACACUCGCUAUCACACCGGGGAGAGGCCAUUCACAUGCCGAGAAUGUGGCAAGGGGUUUGUGCAGUCUUAUUACCUUACUGCACACAUGAGGAUGCAUACGGGGGAAAAGCCGUACCAGUGUCCGACAUGUGACAAAUCUUUUAAAAGCGCAGGUAUUUUGAAGAGACACCAAAUCACCCAUACAGGAGAGAAGCCCUUUAAAUGUUUAGUCUGUGAAAUGGCCUUCAGUCGGCCGGAGCUCGUAAAAGCUCACUCAAGGAAAUAUCAUUAAAUGUAUGCAAUUUAUUACUUUAAUAAAAGAAUUGUUUUCUUGUAUAAUUAACUUUUUCUUUUUUCGCAGAAUCAUUAAAAUAUGUCUGUAAGCUCUAA